ACUUUGUUUUAGUUAUAAAAACGAAAUUGUUGUGAAUAGUGAAAUUUUAUAACGAACUUGAAAUGCAUUUCCAGCAAAUAUUAUUUGUUGGUGCUAUUAUCAUCGCUUUAUUGGCCUUUUUGUGGUUUGUAUUUGUGCCGUUGUUUGGCGAUAGCACACCGAAUGAGCUCAACCCCCAAGCGGACUACGUUUUCGACUACGUAGUGGUUGGUGCUGGAACAGCUGGUUCAGUGAUAGCGUCUCUGCUCUCCAAGCACAGUCCGACAUCGUCGGUGCUGCUGAUUGAAGCGGGCGAUUCUUUUGGUUUGUUAAGCAAAAUUCCUUUAUUGGCUACCUUCCAGCAGAAAGGUCUCAACGAUUGGGGAUUUUUAUCCGAGCCGCAAAGGUAUUCUUCGCGUGGACUCGAAGAACAGCGUCAAUAUUUGCCGCGUGGUAAAGGUCUUGGUGGUUCUGCUCUGCUCAAUUAUAUGUUGCAUUUUGAUGGAGAGCCGCGUGAUUUUGAAAAUUGGGCCAACCGACAUAACUUAACCGAUUGGCGUUGGAAGGACAUUCGGCCGUUUCUUACUGCGGUGCGCACACAAACCCAUUCGUUACUGGAAAUACCGCCUGAUUAUUCGAAAGUAACAGAGGCGUUUCACAAACUUAAAAAGGAGUUUUCGAAAAAAGCUUGGCGAUUUCGGCGCGCCCGCUAUACCAUUAAGAAUGGACUCCGCUACAAUGUUUACCAUCAAUUUUUGCAACCUGCUCUGAAACGACGCAACCUGCAUACGCUCACCAAUGCCUAUUUGAAGCGUUUGAACCUUGAGUAUAUCGACGAUGAAAGCAAUGAGGUGCGAUCUAUUUUAGUAGGCGUGAUGGAUAAGAAAAAUCACGAAGAAUACGUUUUCAGUAUAGAUGUGCGCUGCGAGGUGAUACUUUGCGCAGGCGCGUACCAAUCGCCGCAAAUACUACUCGCUUCUGGUAUCGGCGAUGGGUAUCUCUUCGAGGAUUUGGAUGUAGCACAACAGCUCCAACUGCCAUUGGUGGGCGAAAACCUACAUGACCAUCUUAAUCUGCCACUCUUUGUCUCCAUUGACAGUGUUGGCCCGACAUUAAAUCAGCGCUCACUGCUGAAUCCUAUACAAAUUUUGAAUUAUUUGAUCAAUGGCUAUGGUCAUUUGGGAAAUUUCGGUGUUUUGGGUCACAUUGACUCCAGUUAUGAGGAUAGUUUUGGCUUGACUUUCUUCGGCGUCGGCGCAGUGGACGAACGCGCUUUAAUGACGAUUUCCAACUUUAAGCAGGAGUAUUUCCGUGCGCUCUUUCCGCGUUAUCAUAACACCUCGCAAGAGGGCUUCGUGCUAAUAUCGACAUGCUUUCAGCCAAAAUCUCGUGGCACUGUCACUAUUGGUGUGGCCAACACGCGUUGGAAACCGAUCAUCGAUCCAAAUUAUUUGCGUGAAGCUGGCGAUAUCGAUUGUACAAUUCGGGCGAUACGUGCCGCUGUUGAGGUAGUCACUUCCGAAAGCUUUGCUGCAUUGCGCCCACGCAUACAUUGGCCGAAAAUUAACGAAUGCAAGAAAUAUGGGCCGACGGAGCAGGAUUUUGUUGAAAAUAUGCCCGGUGAUCGGUAUUUGGAGUGUGUGAUAAGACACGUGGGACUGGGCUCACAUCAUCCGGGCGGGACGUGUGUCAUGGGCACUGCCGCGAAUAAUAGUGUUGUUAAUUCUGAGUUCAAGGUGCAUGGCGUCGGAAAUCUGCGCAUAAUAGAUGCGAGUGUGCUACCGACACCCAUAUCUGGCAAUCCCAACUCGGUAAUCAUUGGCAUGGCGAUUCGUGGCGCGACGAUGAUUUUGCAGAGGGAAAAAAUUAAAAAGAAAUAAAUUAUUUCAGGAGCGAAGAAUAAUAAAAGUAAAUAAUAAUGCGAUUUAAGGGGUUAUAUACAGUUAGAAGGCCGAAAAAGCGAAUUUUCCAGAAUUUUUCCUGAGAAAACUUUUAAAUUUAUUGAUCUAAAAAUCUUAUCUUUUAACUGUAUUUUAAGACUUAGUAUUAGUAAAAAUAUUUAUUUGGAAUGGAGCUACAGCUGAUCUUCGGGAGCUCCUCUUGCGGUGACCACUAUAUCUCUGAACCGAAUCCUCUAAAAUUAAAAAACCAAACGGAUUACGUUAAAGUAAUGUUAAAUCUAGUUAUUAAUCGAAGGAAUAAGCAAAAUAAAUUUUUGACGUGAUAACGCCGGCUGCACGCACCAAAAAAUGCGUCGUUAUCUUGCUCAUGCGGCGUUACCUUUCUUGAACUGCAUGUUAUGUUAAUGUUAUGAUUUUUUUGACAUAAUGGCUGUUUCUAAAAAAAAAAAAAACGAUUUUUGAUCAAAAUUUCGGCCUUAAAUUGUUUAUAAAAAAAAAAAAUAUUUAUAGGUAAAAAAAAUCGUCGAUUAAUUACUAAAAAAUAUAUUUAAGAAGCUCGUGUAAAAAUUUAAACGGUUAAGACGUUUUCGAGUAAUGAAACGCCUUUCGAAAAUAUUCACCGGAACGAUACGAGGGCGGAUCAAUAAGUCCGUGACUUUUUGUAUUUCUGACCUCUUUACUGAAAAAGAAGUACUGCUCCUGUCAACAGGCAUCUGUCAGUUGACUCCCGUCAAAAUUUGAACGUGCUGCGUCAGUUAUAUUGUGUUUUACAGCUACCUUUAUCAGACUACACAGUAAUUUGAGGCGAAAAUGGAAAAAACUGAAUUUCAUGUGCUUAUUAAGCCGAUUCACCCUUAGAAACCCACUGUUUCGACUGUUGUUUAGUCUCUGGUGUGUGGUGAUGGAUCCAUGUUUCGUCCACGGUUACAAAACGGCGCAAAAAAUCCUCCAUAUUGCGAUUAAACAACGCCAAACCUUCCUGUGAAGUUGCUACACGAUUGCGUUUGUGGUCGACUGUGAAUUACUGGGUAGUCUGAUAAAGGUAGCUGUAAAACACAAACUGCGUCAGAAGUUCAAAUUUUGACAGGAGUCAACUGACAGAUGCCUGUUGACAGGAGCAGUAUUUCUUUUUCAGUAAAGAGGUCAGAAAUACAAAAAGUCACGGACUUAUUGAUUCGCCCUCGUAUUAAAUUUUCUGUGUGUAUUCUUAAAUAUAUUUGCAUUAAGAAAAAAAAAGAAAAAAAUCGGUUUUUUGAAAAUUCUAACUGUUAUAACCCCUUAAUCAAUGAUGUUUAAAAGAUUAAAGCUAAAUAUUAUAUAAAUAAAUGUGUAACAUAGGUUCCUUUCACAGUGUAUGCAUGUAUGUGCAUAAAAAAUAUGUAUAAGAGUUAAGGAGCUUCUAUUGAACAGAAGCAUGUUCAUAUGUACAUACAUAGUUAA